UCUGAUGUGACCAACAUGGAGUCUGGGAUGCUCAGCAGCAGUGGCAGAGCUGGUACUAUUGGACCUCCUCCUCCUCCAUCAUCAUCAUCAUCAUCAUCAUCAUCCCUCCGCACACCUCCGCCGCUCAGCCAGUUCACCCAACAGCAGCACCACCACCACCAUUGGCAAACCCACCACAACAUCACCUUCAACAACAGCAUCCAACAGGGCCAGGGGGAGCCGCGGGGAGAGGGCAGUGGGAAUCCUCAGCAUCAUGGAGGUAAGGAAGACAUCCUCCUGGUGGGGAACACCCGAACGGAGGAGCGCCAUCACCAACACCAGCUGAAUAACAGUGAAGAGGAGGGAGAGGAGGAGGAGGAGGAGGAGCGGAUGGAUGGCAGUCUAGGAUCAGCCACUAGCACCACCAACAACAAUCCUCCUCCAAGUGGUUCCAGCUCCGAGUUUAAUCAUUAUUAUGGCAAUGGAAGAGGAGGGCCCAGCUUUGAUCAACAUGGCGGACAACAAAGCGCAGGGACUGGGAUAACCGCGGCGCACUCGGUACACAACACUAUGGAUCAGGUUCAGAACUCCCACGAAGGGUACAGCAACAACAGCCCGUAUAACCACUACCCGAACUAUCGGCCCGGCUAUGGGAGUAGUGGAUACGGAGGCAUGAUGAGUCCUUCACGCCAGGGGAAUAACCUGAUGGGCCCGGGCAGCGGCAGCUCGCUCUCUGCUAACCACAGCAAAGCGGUUAUGACUGCUACCAGCUCCCCGGCUGGAGGUGGAGCUGACGGCGGCAACAGCGGAGGAUAUCAGCGGUUCACCGGACAAAGUCAGCAACAGCUGCACCCCUCCGGAGCUACACCGACUUUGAAUCAGUUAUUGACUUCUCCGAGCACGAUGAUGAGAGGUUAUGGAAGUGGAUAUCCAGAUUAUAAUAAUCCUUCUGCACAACAACAGCCGAGCAUGGGGCUGGCUAAAGACAUGGGCUCACAGUACGGCUCGGCUGCUCAUGGCUGGGGAGGACAACAAAGAAAUCACCCCACCAUGAGCCCAGUGAACAACGGGCAGGGCAGCGGCAGAUCCCAGGUGCCGCCCAUGGACUCGAUGGCGAUGAAGCGCUCCCAGCUCUACGGGAUGAGCAGCAGCCCAUACGCCCAGCAGCAGGCGGCGCCGUACUCCGGACAGUCCUACGGCUCGCCCUCCCCUCACAGAUACCCGAUGGGAAUGUCCAGCAGGGGGCACAUGGGGCUGGGAGGGAUGCAGUACCCUCAGCAACAGAUGGCUUCUCAGUACAGUCAGCAACAGCAGAACGUGGGUUACUGCCAGCCGGGUCAGCCGCCGUACUUCAGCCCACCGCAGCAGCCCGCUGCCCCGAGCCAGCCGCCGUACAUGCAGCCCCGCCCACUGCCACAACAGGAGGUGCCGCAGGAGGCGUACGGGGGGCGGGGCCAGUCUGCUGCUAUGACUCCUGGGAAACCAAACCAUGAGGAGAUGAGUGUGAGCCAGCAGGAGAGGCCGUCCAGCCUGCCGGAUUUAUCCGGCUCCAUUGACGACUUGCCCACCGGAACAGAGGCAGCGGUGAGUUCAGGCACGUCAGGUUCCAGCAGCGCUCAGGGUGACCGGGGGACCCCAACCCGUUCUCCGUUCUCCCCCCAUGUCUCACCUCGACUCCCCCCACCAGCUCGUACCGGGCCUUCACCCUCGCCCUCGCCGUCCCCUGCUGGGUCCAAUAGCCAGUCACGAUCUGGACCCAUGUCUCCCACCAGCGGUGGGCCAGGAUGUCAGCUGACCCCGCAGGGUUCUGGUCCUGGAUCAGAUCUCGGUCCUCAUCUGUCCCAGUCUACCAUGACUCAAAACAGAGGUUUCCCUCCCUCCAUGCAGCGUAGCGUCCAGGGGCCUCAGUUUGGCCCCCAGCAGUCCACACCAUCCAUGUCCCCUCACUCAGCGCUGGGGGCGCCCAUACACCAUGGCUCCUAUCAGCAGGGAGGCUCAUAUGGCCAGUAUGGACCCCCAGGUAACUACCCACGGCCCCCCCACUAUGGCGGGGCCCCCAGUGCCAACUAUAGCGGCCCUGGUCCAGGCCCCGGCUUAGCCAACAGUCUGGGCCUGAAUGCAAGCAGUCCCAUGCAUGGUCAGGGCCCAUCCGCCCCGGCAGGUCGCGGUCCUGGCCCUGGUGGCCGACCGUACCCUGCUGGUGGGAAUGCCAUGGCCCCCUCCUCCCCUGGCAUGCCACAGCCUGCUGGCCAGGGCAUGGGACCUCCAGGGCCCAGUGCCAGCCGCAAACCAUCUGAGGUUGGCCCCAACGCCGGUCCAAAUGCGAACACCUCAUCCUCAGCGUCUGCCUCAGCCGCCCAGGCCAGCCUUCAACCACCAGCCUUGGCCCUCUCAUCCACCUCCUCCUCACCCCCACCAGUCCCCUCCUCCUCACCCUCCUCACCUGUCCCAGCAGGGAACCUGGGCUCAGUCCCAGGCCACUGUGCAGACCCCCCUGAUCAUUAUGGGCAGGGCAGCUACUUGGGCACAGUACCAUUGGGAGGACUGGGCCCCGCCGGCCCCUAUAGCCAGCAUCCAGGCAGCAACUCUGGGAGGAUGACACCGCAGGGACCCCCGUACAACGUCCCAUCCUCAGGCCCCACGAUGGUGGCAGCAGAGGUGAUGGCUACUCAUCCAGAGGCCAAGCAGAGAGCUGAGCUCAGCAAAGAGGGUGUUUGCCCUGCCAGCGAACAGCCCAAACACAAGGACAGCUACGGUUCUCAGUGUGUGUCCAAGCCCCCCACCCCCUCCCCCAUUUCCCCCAGCUCAGCUAGUCUGUCCUCCUGUCACGGGGAGGACAGCGAUAGCAUUAGCAGCCCCGCCUGGUCCAAGACGUCCACCAGCCCUAAGCCCAGUGCAGCCACCAUGACCAGCGAGAAGAUCACUCGGCUGUAUGAGAUGGGCUCGGAGCCGGAGAGGAGGCUGUGGGUGGACCGCUACCUGUCCUUCAUGGAGGAGAGGGGGACGCCCGUCCCAAACCUACCCGCAGUGGGAAAGAAGCCUCUGGAUCUGUGCAGACUGUACCUGGCUGUCAGAGAGAUCGGAGGCCUGGCCAUGGUCAAUAAGAAUAAGAAGUGGAGGGAGUUGUCCUCCCAGCUGAAUGUGGGGACAUCCAGCAGCUCAGCCAGCUCUCUGAAAAAGCAGUACAUCCAGUACCUGUUUGCCUACGAGUGUAAGGUGGAGCGAGGGGAGGAGCCUCCGCCUGAGGCUCUGGGACCUGCAGGAGACACCAAGAAACCUCUGUCGCUCCAGACCAAGAUCCAGCCUCCCUCCCCAGCCAAUUCAGGCUCCCUACAGGGCCCCAACACGCCUCAGUCCAGCAGCAGCUCCUUGACCGAGGCCCCUGGAGACCUGAAGCCGCCGACCCCCGCCUCCACCCCACACAGUCAGAUGGGCCCCCAGCCUGGAAACAGGCACAUGGGAGGAGUGAGCGUCCAGGACCCGUUCUCUGAAGGCAGCGAUCCAGCCUUCCACAGCAAGCGAGGAUUGGGACCUGGUGGCGCCCCCUGUCAGCAGGGAGGAGGUCCAACAGACUCCUCGAUAAGAGUGCCGUACGAUGCCAACAAAGACCUGUAUGGAGGAACGAGGAAAGGUCCAGGGCCCAGCGAGGCCUUUGGUCCCGGUCAGAUGCCUGGCGGUGCCAUGCAGGACAUGUACCCCCGCGGGCCUCCCCCUGGGCCCCUGACAGGGAUGGGUCCCCGACCCCAGUACCCCUACAGUCCCAGCUAUGAGCGGAGGAUGGACCAUAUGAUGGGGCCUGAAGGAGGCAUGGCGCCCCCUGGAGGUCAGAACAGCAUAGGUCCAUCUGGAGCCGAGGCGGGGAUGUACCCCAGCAGAUACCCCCAGCAGAGACAUGGACACGAUGGUUACAGCCAGCAGUAUCCUCACAGCAUGGCCUACAGUUCCCAUCAGCCCCUGUACCCUCAGCAGCAGGGUUACAAGCGACCAAUGGACGCUCUCUAUCCUCCUGCCAAGCGCCACGAGGGCGAAGCCUUUGCUGCGCAGCAGUUUGGCUCUCAGCAGCCCGACAUGUUCAGCCCCUACGGUGGAGGGGGUGGGGGCUACAUGGGCCCUGAGCGGCGGCCUGUCCAGGGCCAGUACCCCUAUCCGUACCCACGGGAGCGACAGGGUUCGGCACAGCACGGCAUGAUGGGCUCAGGUCCAACGGCGAUGGCCGGGGCCCCUGGAGAGGGGCCGCAGGCCAACAUGUGGCACCCCAGGACAGACAUGGGCUACACAUACAGCCGGCAGAGCCAGGGGCCCCCCUACCCUGGUAUAGGCCGAGCAGAGGACCAGGAGGGCAGGGCCCCCCAGGACAGUCAGUGGCUUUCGAGUCAUGCCGGACAGCGCCAGCCACCGUACCCCCCCAACUCCUCUUCUUCCUCCACCCCUUCCAUGCCCCCUCUGCCUUCCAGACCGCCCCCCUCUUCCUUUCAGGCCACGCCCACCGCCUCUAACCAUGUGACCCGCUCUCACAGCCCCUCCUCCUUUCCCCGGCCUUUGGGGGGUUCUCUGUCUCCCAACAGUGGCCCCUACCUGCCCUCGAUGAAGAAGCCGGGACACCCUGGUGUCCCUCCUGGACCCCCACCCGCUCAGGGCCUUCACUUCAUCCACAGAGAGAUCACCUUUACCCCUGGCACUGUGGAGGCCACGCCCCCCAAACUGAAGCCACGACGCAGACUCGCUGCCAAGGACAUCGGAACCCCGGAGGCAUGGCGAGUGAUGAUGUCACUGAAGUCUGGCCUGUUAGCUGAGAGCACCUGGGCUCUGGACACCAUCAACAUCCUGCUGUAUGAUGACAGCACUGUGGGCUCCUUUAGCCUCUCACAGCUGCCUGGCUUCCUCGAGCUCAUCGUCGAGUAUUACCGCCGCUGCCUCAUCCAGAUCUUCGGCAUCCUGGAGGAGUACGAGGUGGGAACGGAGGUCCAGAGAAACCUGCUCUACCCAACCGAGGAGGAGGAAUUGCUGAAGGAGCAACCAUCUGCCGCCUCUAAUUCUAACAGCAAAUCAGCUGAGGACCAGAGUGUACUGAGGAGGUCGGCGGAGGAGGUGGAGAUGACGUCACAGCUGCUCAGAGCUGCACCUGACACUGACGAUGAGGACGUUAAAGAUCCUGUUUUAAAAAAGGAGGUGGAGGAAGAGAAAGAGAACCAGGAGCAGGAAGAUCUGCGACCCAAACAGACCAGCAAGUACGACAAGCUGCCAGUCAGGGUGGAGGAGAAGGGCGAGGAGUGGGAGGAGGUGGAAGAGCGCUGGGCUGAGCUCAGCAGACCAAACAGCUUCAUCAGCGGCCUCCUGCACUGGAAGGCUGGAGGAGGAGACUCCACGGCUCACAUCCAGACAGGAGAGUCCAGCCACACAAACACCCCAGUGGAGAGGGCGGAGAGAGACAGAGGAGACGAAGGGUGGAGUCAGGAGAGAGAGGGAGGUGGUGGCAGGCAGCAGGAAGCUGAGGGAGGAGUGGAGAAGAACCUGCAAACUAAUGAGGAGAGACCACUGGAAACCCAAGAAGGCUCCCUGUCGGAGGUCGGAGGUCAGAGGUCACCGGCUCAUGGUCCCAUCAGCCCACUGGAGGACGAGCCUCGCUGCUGGGACGAGGCUCCGCUGUCGACGGCCGAGUCCUUGCAGGAUUCUCUGGCCAGACGCAGCGUCUGCAUCUCAAACAUCGUUCGCAGCCUCUCCUUCGUCCCCGGCAAUGACGCAGACAUGUCGAGGCACCCGGGCCUGGUGCUGAUCCUGGGCCGGCUGGUGCUGCUGCACCACCACCACCCCCACAGGAAACGAAUGCCACCCAGCUACCAGCGGGAGGAGGAGCAGGGACUGGCCUGCAGCCGGGACGAGUGGUGGUGGGACUGCCUGGCGGCGCUCAGGGAGAACACGCUGGUGACGCUGGCCAACAUGUCGGGCCAGCUGGACCUGUCGCUUUACCCCGAGAGCAUCUGCCUGCCCAUCCUGGACGGGCUGCUGCACUGGAUGGUGUGCCCGUCAGCUGAGGCCCAGGACCCCUUCUCCUCGGCGGGAGGCUCCUCCUCGCUUAGCCCUCAGAGACUCGUUCUGGAGUGUCUCUGCAAGCUGAGCAUCCAGGACUGCAACGUGGACCUGCUGCUCGCCACGCCGCCCUUCAGCCGCCAGCAGAAGCUCUAUGCCACGCUGGUGCGCCUCAUAGGAGAGAGGAAGAGCCAGGUGUGUCGGGAGAUGGCGGUGGCUGUCCUGUCCAACCUGGCACAGGGUGACCCCACGGCAGCGCGUGCCGUCGCCCUGCAGAAAGGCAGCGUGGGAACGCUGAUCGGCUUCCUGGAGGACAGUGUGGCCAUGGCUCAGUACCAGCAGAGCUCACACAGCAUGCUGCACGCCGCCGCCACACCGGAGCCGCCCAGCAUCAACAUGAUGUGCCGCGCCGCUAAGGCACUGCUGGCCAUGGCAAGGGUGGAGGAGAACCGGACGGAGUUUGUUCUGUACGAGAGCCGGCUGCUGGACAUCUCGCUGUCGGCCGCCCUCAACUCCUCGGUGGCGGCCAUCAUGUGCGAAGUACUUUUUAAAAUCGGCCACUCGUGACACAAACACCGUCACGGAGCACGCUCAGUGGGACCGCGAGCAGCUCCACCCAUGUGAAGAACUGGCUCCUGUUAUAUUUUAUUUAAAGAACAGAACAAAAGGUUUUUACAUGCAAAUGAAUAUAUAGAGAAUAUAUCCAGCUCCUCCAUCAGCAAAUGUUUAUUUGGGAUUUUUAAGUAAUUUUAAUACAAAAAUAUUUAAUACUUGUAUUUUUAAUUUUUUAUUCUUUUGUCCGUUUUAUCAUGUUGUAUUGUUUGACCCAAAGUGUAACGUGGCGAACACUCGGGUUCGACUCUCCUGGUGUUUCCUCGGGGUUCGUUUGAUUUAUUUAAAGUGUGACAUGUUGUCAAAAGGCCUCACUGAGGUUCCCUCGCGUUCUUUGUUCUCGUGCAAUAGGUUUGUUUUUUUACUCUGAAUGUGAAUAGUUCAACCAUCUGCAGUUCGACCAUCAGUGUUUUGCUGAACCACAACAGUAGGAGACGUCACUUUCUCUUUUUUUAAGAACUUUGUAUGCAUCCUCCACUAAUCAGACUCCUCCUGUAAAUAAGAUGAUGUACAGUCGACUGGGAUGAUCUUCAUUUAAACUGUGGAGCCUCACCUGAACCUUUGGUUUCUCCUCAGCUUCAGCAGGUGUGUUGGGGGUUCUGAUCUGGGAGGGUGUGUUUGAUUUGACAGACUGUUUGUGCAGGAGGUGUGGGGGGGGGGGGGUUGUCCUCAUGUUGCUAACAAAUGUAAAGGGAGAGAAAAGAGAACGUGUCCAUCCCGAACACUUCCUGUUUGAUUUGAUUUCUGUGUUCCCCAACAAGAAUAAACGUACAUGAACUCUGGUUGAGCACUUGAA